AAUCGUGGUACAAAUCAGAUGUGUGUGACGAUCGAGCUAGGAGACCCAAAGCCCAACUGACUAACAAACGGGUAGGAUCGGAGCGCGUCAUCCGAUCCUUCCCGCGCGCGCCAGCCGCCGAGGAAGCUGCUGGCGUUGCCUAUCUUUACAUUUGCUUGCCCCCUCCCCCAAAAAGCUGCCGUCUUUUGGCCGGCUACAUAUUGGCGCGACACGAGCCAAGCGAAGUCUCUCACUUCUCCCUCCUCGCCAACGCUUCGUAGUGCUCUAGGAUCCAUCGGAUUCGACCAAGACUCGUAGUCGCCGCCGCUAGCUACUCGCCACAGAUUGUAUCGAUCGAUGGGCGACGCCAACGCCACCGGUGCGGCGGCGGCCGUGCGCGUGCUCGCCGUGACGCGCGUCGCGCCGGUGCCGACGGCCGAGCGCGGAGCUGGUGCCGGCGAGGGCGGCCGCGUGAAGCUGUCCUUCUUCGACACGCCCUGGGUCGUGCUGCCGCCCAUCCAGCGGGUCUUCCUCUACGACCUGCCCGGCGACGACGGCGACGCGUUCCAGGCGGCGGUGAGGCGGCUCAAGGACUCCCUCGCCGCGACGCUGGCGCUCUACCUGCCCCUGGCGGGGAAGCUGGCGUACGUUGCCGAGACCGGGGACGUCUUCGUCGACUGCGCCGACGACCCCGGGGUGGCCUUCGUCGAGGCCGAGGCGGAUGCCAUGGACGUGCGCCGCCUCGCCACCGACGAGGCGCACGACAUCGCGGCGUUCCUGGCCCUGGUCCCGGGCCUCGACACCGCGGUGCUCCCGGCGCCCGUGCUCUCCGUGCAGGCCACGCGCCUCCCCGGCGGCCUCGCGCUCGGCGUCUCCGUGCACCACGCCGUCGCCGACGGCCAGGCCGUCUGGCGGUUCGUCGGCGCAUGGGCGGCCGCCGCACGCGAGGGGUCCCCGGUCACCAAGGCCCUCUGCGCGCCGCACUACGACCGGGGCGUCGUCGGCGUCCCCAACGGCGACGAGUUCGCGCGCGAGAUGCUCAGGAAGGUCGCGCCCAACCUCCCCGUGGCCAUGAUGGACUACGACUUCAGCCAGCGCUUCCGGCUGGGGCGCCGCACCUUCCACCUCGCCGCCGACGACAUCCGGUCCCUGAAGCGCCGCAUCGACGCGCUCGCCGCGGCCGAGGAGGAGGAGGCCGCCGGCGACAGCACCACCACCAGCAGCAAGAAGAAGCCGGUGUCGACGUUCGUGGCGCUGGCGGCGCUGGGCUGGACGGCGUUCGUGCGCGCCAAGUCCCUGGCCGCCGGCGACGACACGUACCUGGUCUUCCUCGCCGACCUGCGCGCGCGCCUGGACCCGCCCGUCGCCGACGGCUACCUGGGCAACUGCAUCAAGGGCUGCCUGGCGAGCGCCGACGCGGGGGACCUCGUCGGCGCGCGGGGUCUCCUGGGCGCGUGCCGCGCGAUCCAGGCGGCCGUGGCGGAGAUGGAGGCGGCGCCGCUGGGCGGCUCGGAGCGGUGGAUCGAGAAGAUGAUGUCGCUGCCGUUCCAGCGGCUGUGCAACGUGGCGGCGAGCCCGCGGUUCCGCGUGCACGAGGCGUCGGACUUCGGGUUCGGCCGGCCGGCGCGCGUGGAGCUCGUGUCCAUGAACCACGACGGGGAGAUGGUGCUCGUCGCCGGGAGGGAGGACGGCGAGGUGCAGGUGUCCGUGUCGCUGGACCCCGCCUGCAUGGAGGAGUUCAAGGCGCACGUCCUCGCCGCUCCGGCGCCGGCAGAGAACUGAGCUGGCGGAGGAUCUACGUCAGUCAACCAGACGGAUCAUAACAACAAGCAGUCGUAGCAGAAUUUUCUCUUUCGAUCGAACUACUAGUUGCGUUGUAAUAAUCGAUCCGACAGGCAGAUCACAUCAAGAAACAGUAGUAAUAUCAUGAUCAUGCGAUUAUUUAGAU